CGGCCGCUGUGGGGAGCGCAGUUCCCUCCGGGAGGGGAGGACAGGCCGCAGCCUGGCGGGGCCGGAGCGUCCCCCGCGGUGGGGAGGGGAAAGCGGGACGGACCCGGAGGAGAUGGAGGGCGAAGGAGCCCCUUCGUGGCGGGGUGGGUCCGGGGGGCUGAUCCGAGAGCUGUGCCGUUCCUUCGGUCAUUACAACCGGCACCUGGCGAGGCUGCAGCAUAACCUGAGAGAGACCAAGAAGUUCUUCCGCGACGUUAAAUAUUCCCAAGGGAAUCUUUUCGUUUCGGGGGUGGAGAUCGGAGAGGGAUCCACGAGCGGGGCCGGCGGAACGAGGGAUGGAGGGCAGAACUUCAUUUCCUUCCCUCGCCAUGAGGAAGAACACCUCCAGCAGACCGUGAGCUGGCACCCUUGCCUCCUCAUUCUUGGCCAGAACUGUAAUGCCAAAUGCCAGUUACUCAACAUACUGCUGGGUGAGAAGCUGCUGCCUACCACCAAAAUCAGCAGUGAGGAGAACUGUAAGCGGCGGCGGAUCCGUUUCACACAUGGGACACAAACACGGGUUAGUCUAGCACUUCCUGAGCAAUAUGAACUGGUCCACAUGAUGGCAGCCCACCGAGGACACUGGGACACCAUCCCUGAGGAGGACUUAGAGAUCCGUGGGGACAGUGAAGAUCCUGCUCACCGCAUAGCAGAGCUGGAGGUCGUGCUGCCGUACUCGCUGCUAAAGGAGGUGGAUGUUGUGGUAGCGCCGUGUCGUGGAUUCCAGUCUGCUGAAGCCACCCUGGGAGAGUACAUGAACCAGGUCUUGCUUGUUGUCAUCUUUGCCAUCAGCGAGGCUGAACUUUCUUCAUCAGAUGAGAAUGAACUGCGUGAAAUCAAAGAGAAAUUCUCUUUGCCCAUUUUCUUCUUCAAGGUGCCAGAGUCAGGAGUUGAGCUGAUCUCUCCUAAAAAAACUGAUAACGAAAAGUCCUCACUUUACUGCCAGCUGAUGGACUUGGAGUACCUGAGCACCAACCACUGCAGCUGCGGGGCGCCCGGCCCUGAUGCUGAUGCCCAAAGCAUGCUGGUGGAGCAGCUGGAGAAGCUCCGUCUCCUAAGCACUUUUUCCAGGCAGGUGCUGCAGAGGCAUCUCGUGGAAGCAGCCACCAGUUUAAACGAGGUUCACUGCCGUUGCCUCAACAUCUUCAUCAACCAGGCUUUCGACAUGCAGCGGGACCUGCAGAUCACCCCCAAGAGGCUGGAGUACACCCGCAGGAAGGAGAACGAGCUCUACGAGUCCCUGAUGAACAUUGCCAACCGAAAACAGGAGGAGAUGAAGGACAUGAUCGUGGAGACUCUUAGCAGCAUGAAAGAAGAGCUCUUGGAAGAUGCUGCUAAUAUGGAAUUCAAAGAUAUCAUAAUUCCUGAGAACGGGGAACCUGUGAGCUCCAAGGACAUCAAGUGUUGCAUUAAACAAAUCCAGGAACUGAUUAUUUCUCGGUUAAACCAAGCAGUUGCCAACAAGUUAAUUAGUUCAGUGGACUAUCUGCGGGAGAGCUUUGUAGGUACUCUGGAGAGAUGCCUGAAGAGCCUGGAGGAGUCCUGGGAGGUUUCAGUCCACCCUGCGAGGAGUUUGGAGAAGUCAAAGGAUGUUUCUGUACACAUCACAAGCAAUUAUCUCAAGCAGAUACUGAAUGCAGCCUAUCAUGUUGAAGUCACAUUCCACUCUGGCUCAACGGUAACCAGGAUGCUGUGGGAACAGAUCAAACAGAUAAUCCAACGCAUUACGUGGGUCAGCCCACCUGCCAUCACCAGUGACUGGAAGAGGAAAGUUGCUCAGGAUGCUAUUGAGAGCCUCAGUGCAUCCAAGUUAGCCAAGAGCAUUUGCAGCCAGUUCAGGACCAGGCUGAACAGUUCCCAUGAAGCUUUUGCAGCUUCCCUGCGGCAGUUAGAAGAUGGCCAUUCUGGCAGGCUGGAGAAAACAGAAGACCUGUGGCUGAAGGUGAGGAAGGAUCACGCCCCUCGGCUGGCACGACUGUCGUUGGAGAGCAGGUCCCUGCAGGAUGUGCUGUUACAUGGCAAACCAAAGUUGGGCCGUGAGCUGGGCCGAGGACAGUAUGGCGUGGUCUAUCUGUGUGACAGCUGGGGAGGGCACUUCCCCUGUGCACUGAAAUCUGUUGUUCCUCCAGAUGAGAAGCACUGGAAUGACCUUGCACUUGAGUUUCACUAUAUGAGGUCUCUGCAGUCACACGAGCGGCUCGUGCACCUCCAUGGCUCUGUGAUAGAUUAUGGCUAUGGAGGAGGCUCCAGCAUUGCUGUCCUACUGAUAAUGGAACGGUUGCACAGAGACCUCUAUACAGGACUGAAGGCUGGGCUAGAAUUAGAAACACGAUUACAGAUUGCCUUGGAUGUGGUUGAAGGCAUCCGUUAUCUUCACAGUCAGGGACUUGUGCACCGGGAUAUCAAACUUAAGAAUGUCUUGCUUGACAAAAAGAAUCGAGCCAAAAUCACUGACUUGGGGUUCUGCAAACCAGAAGCCAUGAUGUCUGGCAGUAUUGUAGGCACACCUAUUCAUAUGGCUCCCGAACUUUUCACAGGAAAAUAUGAUAACUCAGUGGAUGUUUAUGCAUUUGGCAUUCUGUUUUGGUACAUUUGUUCGGGACACGUGAAGUUGCCAGAGGCUUUUGAGAGAUGUGCAAGCAAAGAUCACCUUUGGAACAACGUUAGGAGAGGAGUUCGCCCAGAGCGCCUUCCUGUGUUUGAUGAGGAAUGCUGGCAGCUGAUGGAAGCCUGUUGGGAUGGAGAUUCCUCCCAGCGCCCUCUCUUGGGGAUUGUCCAGCCUAUGCUGCAGGGGAUCAUGGACAGGCUCUGCAAGUCGAGCUCUGAGCACCCAAAUAAAGGGUUGGAUGACUCUACUUGAAAAGGAAGAGCGGAAGGAAUUUUGAAUUGUGGGAGAAUUCUGAACCCCUAACUCUGCAGAUGGCUUCUUCAGAUGCAGCUCUUUGUGGCUAACAUGAGCGGGACAGGUAACAGCAACCAGAAGAUUGCUCGUAGAGGUGAGACCUUGGGGAUGUUCCAUCUCGAGCAGCAGCCAGAGACAUCUCCCCAGCACACCCCAUUGAUGCUAGUUUCCCUGCUGCAGCUUUUAUUACGGAGUUGUGCGAGUAUACGAUGGGAAAAAAAGAAUCCACUCCCCUGAACUGAAAGGGAUUUUUUGCCAAUCCCACGCCAACACCAAUCAAACAAAAGCAUCCUGUGUGCUUGGGUAGCAUCUGCGUUGCUAGGAAUUGAUUGCGACAGUCUUUACUGAGUAAAGUAACAGCUCUCUUCCCAUGAACUGAUGGUCCUCGGUGGCCUUCAGUCCACACAUAACUCUAUCCCAAUCACUGAGAUUGGCACCAAUUACCGUGCGGUCAGAGGAAAGAGAAAGUAGAGGCUUUAGGCUAGAAGGUGUUCAGAAGCUGAGAGGAUCUGUGUCUGUAUUAGCUUCGUGCAACACUCCAAAUGUUUACAUUGACAGGAGCAAAGCUUCCAUGUUUUACCUAAGGGGGAUUAUCUACUGUUCCACUGCAGUUAAAAGACCCCAAGUUAUAAGCUAUUUAUCUCUUAUGAACCCUUCACCUCUUAGUUCUGUAAAACAAACUCUUAUCUGCUAGUUUUGGUUCAUAAUGGUUAUCUGAAUGUCUGAAGAAACCUGACCUUUCUUUUCACAGUCUUCUGGUAAAAUGGAAGACUGCUCAGAUUGCAUAGCACAGAACCUUAAAGUCAUUACAUCUAAUGACUGUCCAUGGGGAAAAUGCCAAUUCAUUUUAAUUCCAUUUGGGGCUCAAAUUAGUUGUGAUGGCAAAGACAGUUUUAAAUUGUACUAUGACAGACUUUUUUUUUUUUUUUU